UUCUAAUCCAAAAUUGAACGAAGCAUGUUCGUCGUCCUGCUCGUGUCCGCGAUCGCGCUCGUUGUAUCGGCCCAAAGUGGCCCAAUCAUAAGCCCACCCGCAGGCCAAGUCCAGGGAACGAUCGAGUCCUGUGGGCUGUUCUGCGAGUACUACUCGUUCAAGGGGAUUCCGUACGCGCAACCUCCGGUGGGUUCGCUUCGUUUCCGGAACCCGGUGCCACAUCCCGGCUGGAGUGGAGUCCGCGACGGCAGUCAACAUGGGGCCAUUUGUCCGCAGAUGGAUGCUCUCACGAUGCAAGUGGUCGGCGAUGAGGACUGUCUGUUCCUGAACGUGUACAGCCAGCAGAUCGUCGGAUCGCGACCGGUUAUGGUUUGGAUCCAUGGAGGUGGAUUCAGCGCAGGGUUCGGCGAUGUAGAGGUGUACGAUCCACGGAAACUGGUGCCGGAAGGAGUGGUUGUGGUGACGUUCAACUACAGACUGGGAGCGUUGGGUUUCCUGAGCACUGGAGAUCAGUAUGCGCAGGGUAAUUGGGGCUUGAAGGAUUGCAUCGAAGCGCUUCGUUGGGUGCGUGGAAACAUUGCAGCAUUUGGAGGAAAUCCGAACGAUGUAACGAUCUUUGGAAACUCUGCUGGAGGAUCGCUGGUGCAUUUUCUGUACUUAUCCGGGUUGGCCGACGGACUGUUUCACAAAGCGAUCGCGCAAAGCGGAACGGCUUUGGUGCCGUUUGCUUUCCAGACACAACCGAAGUUCUAUGCAGACCGGAUGGCAUCAAGACUAGGACUAUCUACCAACAGUGCAGUAUACGUUGAACAGAUGAGAUCUGUUUCGCCGAGCAGUAUCGUAACUCUGCAAAACACAGUGGCGGAUAUACCGGUACCACGGUUCCUGCGGUCGAUGGACUUUGCUCCGUCUGUGGAACCGACAACAUCUCCAGAAGCGAGAGCACUAGUUGAUUCUCCUAUGAACUUGAUCAACAGUCGAACCCAUCAGCUUCCCUUCAUGGUAGGAUACAACGAUCUAGAGGGAUCGUUCUUCACGGUCACCGAAAGGUUCUUCGAUCAAACAGUUUGGGAUCAGUUCAACGCGAAUCCACAUCUAUUUGUCCCAUUCUUCUGGAACAUCCCGCAAGGAUCAGCCUCCUCAACUGCUGUAAGCUCCGGAUUCCGACAGUACUACUUCAACGGUGCCCCUCUCGAUUGGCCGGUGGCUUUCGAGUGGGAUCGCUACAUCGGUGAUCACCAGUUUGUGUAUCCGAUCGAUGAAACAGUUCGAGUUCAUGCACGGGAUGCUGCCCCCGUGUACUGUUACCAGUUUUCGUACGAUGGUGAUCUGAACAUCUGGAAGCAACUGCUCCAGAUCGCCUUCCCGGGGGCGACACAUACCGACGAGUUGUCGUACAUGUUUGACUUGGCAGCUCAUAUGGGUGUGACGGUGCCGCCGGGAAGUCAUGCCUUGACGGUGAGCAGCCGUGUCGUGCGGAUGUGGGCCAAUUUCGCGAAAUACGGCAAUCCAACUCCAAGCACCGACGGGCUGCUGCAGAACGUGAUUUGGCCGAGCGUUCAGAACGGUGCCGGCACGGUUCCGCUGCUCGACAUUGGACAGAAUCUGAUCGUUACGGACAGCUUCGCGAGGGAAGAGAUCCGCCUGUGGUACGACCAGCAGACCCGGUACGCAGUCAAUCCAUUUUUGUAAACAAAGCAUUCAACGGUUCAUAAAUAUACGUAUAUUUCCAUCAAGACAGUCUAGAUAAACAU